GCCGCUGGCUUGCUGCCGCAGUACUAGCCCUUGGGAGUGACUGGGAACCUUUGAUUCGGACACCUGCACCGCUCGGGCCGCAGCCCCGUUACAGCCCCAGCUGCGGCCGCACCCCCGAAGCCACCAUGGGCACUAAUCGGACCUGGUCUCUCAGCCUUGUCUCUCUUCUCCUGCUGCUGCAGGUGUCGUUAUGGCGUUGCGAGGACACUGGGCUUUGCCGUUCGGGCUUCGCUUCCGAAAGUUAUACCUUCGAGGUGUCCCGGGCAUACCUGGAGCGAGGCCGAAUCCUGGGCCAAGUUAACUUUGAAAGCUGUUCUGGAAGAAAGCUGAAUGCCUAUUUUCCUGAGGAUUCAAGAUUCAAAGUGACUCCUGAAGGUGUUGUAGUUGUCAAGAGGGCUCUACAUCUCUACAAUUUAGAAACAAGCUUUAAUAUUUAUGCUUGGGAUGCUGCAGGUAAAAAACUCUCAACCAAAGUGACAUUAAAGAAGCCAUUACUACACCAUCAACGACACCGUUACCAUCAACGCCAGCAAAUAGAGGAAUCUCUCCCAGAAGAACAAAGAGAAAUAAUGACUUUUCCUCCUCUCCGCCCUGGUCAUAAGAGGCAGAAGAGAGACUGGGUUAUUCCUCCUAUUAGCUGCCCAGAAAAUGAGAAGGGUCCAUUCCCUAAAAAGUUGGUGCAGAUCAAAUCUAAUCGAGAUAAAGAAACAAAAGUUUUCUACAGCAUCACAGGCCAAGGAGCCGAUGAGCCUCCAAAAGGUGUCUUUAUUAUUGAAAGAGAAACAGGGAUCCUGAAAGUGACAAUGCCUUUGGACAGAGAAGACAUUCCCAAAUACGUCCUUUACUCCCAUGCUGUGUCUUCAAAUGGCCAAUCUGUGGAGGAUCCGAUGGAAAUAGUGAUUAGAGUAACAGAUCAGAAUGACAAUCGUCCCGAGUUUACCCAGGAAGUCUUCAGAGGGUCUGUGAUGGAAGGAGCUCAUCCAGGUACCUCUGUGAUGCAGGUGUCAGCCACUGAUAAGGAUGAUGAUGAGAAUACCUACAAUGCUCUGAUUGCUUAUUCCAUUCUCAGCCAGGAACCCAAGGCACCCCAUGAUAGUAUGUUUACCAUUAACCGGAGAACUGGAGUCAUCAGUGUGGUCACAACUGGUCUGGACAGAGAGAGCAUCCCAGAAUAUACACUGAUUGUCCAAGCUGCUGACUUAGAUGGGGAAGGUUUAAGCACCACGGCCACAGCGGUGAUUACAGUCACGGAUUCAAAUGACAAUCCCCCUAUCUUCAACCCAGCCACGUAUGUGGGUACCGUGCCUGAGAACGAAGUGGACGCAGUCAUUACAAGGUUGAAAGUGACCGAUGCGGACGUUCCUCAUACCGCAGCAUGGAGGGCAGUCUAUACUGUCCAAAAUGAUGAAAAGGGUCUCUUUGUUGUUACCACCGACCCUGAAACCAAUGAAGGAAUUUUGAAAACGGCCAAGGGCUUGGAUUUUGAGACCAAACAACAAUACAUUCUUCAUGUAACAGUAGUGAAUGAGGAUCCAUUUGUUGUCACCCUCCCUACAUCCACGGCCACAGUCACUGUGGAUGUCUUGGAUGUGAACGAAGCACCAGUCUUCAUGCCACCGGUUAUGAGAUUGGAGAUUCCAGAGGAUUUUGAAGUAGGCAAGAAAAUUACAGCCUACACUGCACAGGAUCCCGAUAAGUUCCUGUCACAGAUAAUAACGUAUCGUAUGUGGAGGGAUCCAGCCAACUGGUUGGAAGUUAAUCCUGAGACUGGGGACAUUUUUACUCGGGACAAUCUGGAUAGAGAGAACUUAGAGUAUGUGAAGAAUAGUACCUACACGGCCCUCAUUGUGGCUGUGGAUGAUGGUUCUCCUCCAGCUACAGGCACAGGAACCCUUCUAUUGCUUCUUUCUGAUGUGAAUGAUAAUGGCCCAGUACCAGACCCCCGAAAAAUGGACAUUUGCCAGAGGGAUCCAGAACCUCAGAUCAUAAAUAUUAUUGAUCCAGACCUUCCACCAAACACUUCUCCCUUCACAGCAGAAUUAACACAUGGAGCUAGUGUUAACUGGACUUUUUCAUAUAAUGAUGAUACAAGAGAAUCUCUGACUUUGAGGCCAAAGAAAGAAUUAGAAAUUGGCGAACACAAGAUAAAUCUCAAGCUAACAGACAACCAGAAUAAGGACCAGGUGACCACCUUGGAGGUGUACGUGUGUGACUGUGAAGGAGCUGUAUCCAAGUGUACGAAGACGGGUGUAAUUGCCCAGACUGGCAUGGGUGUACCAGCUAUCCUGGGAAUACUAGGAGGAAUCCUGGCACUGUUGAUUUUACUACUGCUCCUGCUCCUCUUUAUCCGAAGACGGCCAGCAGUGAAAGAGCCAUUAUUGCCACCUGAGGAUGACACUCGAGACAAUGUCUAUUAUUAUGAUGAAGAGGGCGGUGGAGAAGAAGAUCAGGACUUUGACCUGAGUCAGUUGCACCGAGGUCUGGAUGCUCGACCAGAAGUGAUUCGUAAUGAUGUGGCUCCCACACUCAUGAGCGUCCCCCAGUAUCGCCCUCGUCCAGCAAAUCCAGAUGAAAUUGGCAAUUUCAUUGAUGAGAACCUGAAGGCUGCUGACAGCGACCCCACAGCCCCCCCUUAUGACUCUCUCCUGGUGUUUGACUAUGAAGGAAACGGCUCUGAGGCGGCCUCCCUGAGCUCCCUGAACUCUUCUGGCUCUGACGAAGACCAGGAUUACGAUUACCUGAAUGAAUGGGGCAAUCGCUUUAAAAAGCUGGCUGACAUGUAUGGCGGAGGGGAGGAUGACUAAAGCCACACCUGAGCUGAACAAGGGCAAGAAUCAGUCCCUAUUGGCUGUCAUCCGCGGGCAUCCAAGGAAAAGGGCAGGGGCUUGAUCAGUUCUAUCCCUACCUCCUUUAACUGUAUAACCCAAAUAGAAAUUAUUGCUAAUUUACGAGGUUAGUUUUAUAUUUUAAGGCUAGUAUGUAUCAAUUCUCUCUGUUCCCAUCCUUACCCUCAUCUUUAAUUUCUUGUAAAACGUGAGUAAAGGAAAUGUAUUUCCAAGGCAAUUUUUCAGGCUUUGCUGUCAGGCAUUUCUUUGAAACACAUGGCAGCUCUCCUCUCACACCCAUGUCCCCCUUUAAAAAUGUGUGUAAUGUUUUUUGUGGUUUUUUUUCCAUUUGUGCUUUUACACUGGUUUCAAAUUGCUUCCUUCCCACUCCCAUUGUCAUAUCUUCCCAGGCAGGAAGAUUACUUGACAUUUAUGGGCAGUGUGAGCCCAUGUCACUUUAUAAAUCUGAUCUCGUAAUGUUCAUAAAUUUUCCUUUAUUACUAGUUUCAUGGGUCAUUAUUACCCAAUGAAUAGAGUCAGGAGGACUUGCAUUCUGAUGCAGCCUCAGAUGCUUGGUAGCCAUGUGACCCUGCAGAAGUCAACUUAUCCCCCAUGUGCCCUCAAUAUAUAAAUAAAUAAAUUAGUUUGUGUAUGUGUAUAUUGGUGAGGCUGUUGGGAUAAAGUGACUUACCUAAGGUCAUACAGCUAGUGAAGUUCUAUCUAUUGCACCAUUUAGCUGCCCUGGUAAGUGUCAUUCUUAUUAUUGAGACUAUUGGAGAGAGACUGCAGAAGGGGGGUGGGAAAUUGGGAUUUUUUUUUCAUGUCAUAAUUAAUAGAAUGAAACCAUGGUACACAAACCAGUUGCACUUGAUGGGUGCAACCUCCAAAGGCUGAAAAUGAUAGGUUAGAUAGGAAGCAAUAGACAAAAGCUUUGGAGAAGGAAGCUUUAACAAGUUCCUGGAAAUGAGGAUUAUUUCCAGAAAGAGCAUUACCGUUCAAACAACGGUCUCGCAGGUUCUAACAUUCUGCACAGAUUUACAGACCCUCCUUUGGGUCAUGUCUCCUAGAUGUACUAGCAGACAUAGAUAACAAGAAAAACAAGAAGUUAGCAUGCAGACAUUUUUCCUAGAAAUAGAUUAAAUUGGUUAAAUUCUCCCCCUCAUUAGACCAUAGACCGGCAGGUGAGAUUUUGAACAGAGGACCUUAGACUAAUUUUGUCGAAAUGGCCAUUGAGGCUUUGGUGCUUCCUGUUUUAGCUCAGCCUCUGAAAGGUCUUUUGUUUUUUGUAGCCAAACAGUCUGUGAUGAUUUAGGUUCUUUUGAAUAUUGUACAGUGGAUAUGGAAGUCAAACCUUUGAAAAUGCAUUUUUAUAAAUUUUAUUAAAUAAUUUUGUUAAACUGUU